CGGCUAACUUGGAUGUGUUGAGCAGCUCUGAAUGUUCAACAAUGUAGAUCCAGGAAGCCCUCUUGAGAGUUAUUGUUUUGUGUCCUACGUGCACCCUUAUGGACAUUUAUUUAUCGCUUCGCUUCGUGUCCUCUGCAGGCCCGCGGGCUGGGACAAAUGUGGACGCCGACGAGAGAGAAGGACUGUCCCUGUGGCUGUCAACAUUACCGGGGAUGAAAUGGUCGUGUGUUUUCUGAAUCUCAUUCUCUCGGUCACAGCCAGGCAUCAGCAUUAAAACUUCCAAAAUGAGGAUCUUCCUGUCUCUGCUGAAAAACACGAACCCCAAAAUCGAGUAUUACUCCAGAUUUUCUCCGUCCCCGCUCUCCAUUAAGCAGUUUUUGGAUUUUGGCAGGGACAAUGCUUGUGAGAAAACAUCGUACAUGUUCCUGCGUAAGGAGCUGCCGGUGCGGCUGGCCAACACCAUGAGAGAGGUCAACCUGCUGCCUGAUAACCUGCUCAGCCAGCCCUCCGUCAGACUAGUGCAGAAAUGGUACAUGCAGAGCUUUGUGGAGCUGCUCGAUUAUGAGAACAGGAAGCCAGAGGACUCUCACGCUUUGAAUGAUUUCCUGGAGCUCUUGAUUGAGAUCCGUAACCGCCACAAUGAUGUGGUUCCCACCAUGGCUCAGGGAGUCAUCGAGUACAAGGAGAAGUUCGGCUUUGACCCCUUCAUCAGCAGCAACAUCCAGUACUUCCUGGACCGCUUCUACACCAACCGCAUCUCUUUCCGCAUGCUCAUCAACCAGCACACUCUCCUGUUUGGUAACGACACCAACCCCGCCCACCCAAAACACAUCGGCAGCAUCGAUCCCACCUGCAGUGUGGCUGAAGUCGUCAGAGAUGCCUACGACACAGCCAAGAUGUUGUGUGAGAAGUACUACUUGGCAGCUCCCGAUCUGAAGAUUGAAGAGUUCAACAUGAAGGCUCCUGAAAAGCCCAUCCAGGCAGUGUAUGUUCCCUCUCAUCUGUUCCACAUGCUGUUUGAGCUCUUCAAGAACUCAAUGAGAGCCACAGUGGAGCUUCAUGAGAACAAUAAAGAGGGAUUACCACCAGUGAAGGCAAAAGUGACUCUGGGUAAAGAGGAUCUCUCCGUAAAGAUCAGUGACAGAGGAGGAGGAGUUCCUCUGAGGAAGAUAGACCGCCUAUUUAACUACAUGUACUCCACUGCUCCCACACCAAGCCUGGAGCCAGGAGCUGUCCCACUGGCUGGGUUUGGCUACGGUUUGCCAAUUUCUAGGCUUUAUGCCCGAUACUUCCAGGGGGACCUGAAACUCUACUCCAUGGAGGGCGUUGGCACCGAUGCUGUCAUCUAUCUGAAGGCCCUGUCCAGCGAGUCCUUCGAGCGUCUUCCUGUCUUCAACAAGUCGGCAUGGCGACAUUAUAAGACCAGCGCCGAGGCAGACGACUGGAGCAACCCCAGCAAAGAGCCACGUGAUGCCAGCAAGUCCAAAUACAAAGCCAACAGAUAACUCUGCCUGACCCCCGCUGUAACCCCGGCCCAGAGCAUGUAUGAUGAAAUGUUGCCCUUGGGUAAAUGCUUCGUUUAAGAUCAGACUUUUACAUUCCGGUGGUUAAAGUUUUGGGAAAAGAUGUAUGACCUUGACUUAUACUUGUACCCAAUGGCAAUUACAUUCAUCAGCGUAGCUUUCAAUGUUGUGGUAUCACCACUGGCUCUCCCAAGAUGAAGUUUAAAAUGAACCUCUUCCAAAUGAUAGAUCCCCUCAGUCGUUUAGUCAAGUGACUCUUGUGAAUCUUUACUAAUGUUGACUCCAUUUCCUCCUCUAUCUGGCCACUACUUCGAGCUAAAUUCACUGCAUCACCAUCACCUCUCUGUCCGUCUCAUGCACAGUUUGGCCUGAUUCCUCUUUGCUGACAGGGCCACAGUUCCCUGUGGCUGAAUAAGCCUUGCACUGCUGAUUGAGAGGCUUUCUCAGCACCAGAGAAGGCCUGUAUUCUGUUUCUCCCUCUCAAACACAAGCAGAGGGGUUCGACUUUCACUGCAAAUGGGAAGAGGAGGAGGUUUCAUUUCCCUUCUUUGGGAGAGAGUUUUGACUGAACGCACAAUUAAGCCAGUGUUUCAUUGGCAUAGUAAAAAGUUGUUUUGUAUUUAAGCCUGGGAAAGGGACGGGAUUGCCUAUAGAUGAGAGAUGAUAAUAAAUCUUUUGGGAAAUUAUAGGAAGCAAUGCAUCAAGACACACUUUAUUUUUUAGAGAUCUAGAAGUUUUAUUUAAUGUCAAAGAGAAAGCCUUACUUCUAACAUAUUUGAUGUUUUAAAAAGUCUGCCUUGAAGGCUCUGCUGGAACUUGGUGUAUUUUAUUUAUAUUUUAACAUUUUACUGAUAAGAGUUACCUGAACAACCACCUACACAGCUUACCAAUACUGGCAAUACUGACCCUCAUCAGACAUAUCUGCUUGCAAGCCAGCUCUGCACUGAUUUAACAAGGACCAAAGGAGCGUCUGAAGGAUGCUUAAAAAUGCCUAGUUGCUUCAACCACACCAGCAUGAUGUAUUGUAUGAACCCUAACAGAGGAAUGGACCUGUUGCAUCUAACAAAUGUAAAAUUAGAAACACAUCAUUACAUCUCCUUUCUCACUUUGUCCUGCAAACAUUUUGGACCUGCCGUGUUAAAUAGGCAACAUGCUCACAGCUUGGACUUACCCUAACAGUGCUUCAUCAGUCAGCCCGGUGUCCCACUUGUGUUAUUACUAAUCUUGACUGUAUUCUAAAGGACUUUGAACAAAGCUUGUGUGUUUUUAAAAUGUGCUUCUGUUUUAAUUGCCAUGAGUGAAAAAUAGCAGGAUUAGAAAGUACAGCUAAACUGCAAAGGAAACUACGGAAGCCCCGAGAGGCAAGUAAAAAAAACGAUGCUGAUGUCAAUUGUUCUCUCGUGUGUUUGUGACUUAACAGGUGUAAAAAGGAAACUAUUUCUAUUUCUAAUUGGCCUCUCACAAGGGUUGAAGUGUCCCUGUUACCUGUUACCAUGACUAAUGUUACAGUAAACUAACGUCAGCUAUGUUGCUCAGUUGUAGCUUUUGGUUAGCUAUGAACAACAUGUUUCUUGCUUGCUAGCUAACAGGCUAACUCCAGUACAGCUAAUGCUAACAGCAGAUUAGCACUCAUUAAAAUACAUUUCUAGCCAAAAGAAAGACAUGGCAGUAAUGUUACAUAACUUGGUAAGACACAAUUUAUGUACCUUGUGUUAAGAGCAAGAAAUUAAAACCUACCUAUAAAGCAUGAAGGCAUCAUUGCAUACUGGGGCAGUGGUGCACUUCAGCCUCUUGUGGCCAAAAUGAGUAUUACAACAAAAACAUGAUUCUGACACUGAAAAAAACACCUGGCAUUACUUUUUUUCUGACCUAUUAACUGAUUGAAAAAAAGAAGCUAUUUAGAUUUAACCUGUUUUUAAGUCAUAAACACAGUAGAAAAAAAAUAUUUAGAUCAGACUUGGAAAGUAAUGAAUGAAGUUCUUUAUUUUUAACACAUUUUGUGAAAAUUAUAACAAAAAAAUAAUGUCACGUUCCUCUCAGGGCUUCCAUGGGGCAUUCAUACCUGACAGGUUUAUUACCUUUUAAUGAUUUUCCUCUAAUUAUUUCUUAGAGUGAGUGGACGGCCCACCUCAUUUUCUUUAUUUAAACAAAAAAUAUAUCAAUAAGUGUUUAGAAAAGCCAACAGGGGACAUUUAAUGUGGUUAAAGGAGCCACUAAUCUCUGUAAUCUCUUGGUACUGAACUACUGCAUCAAACUGUCUGAUCUUUCUCUCAUGAAUCACAUUCAGGAACUUUUAGUGCACUUUACUGAAUCAACACGUAUGUAUUUCAUUCAAUUAAUUUUAUUUAUAAAUGGAAGAUUAAUUAUGAUCAAGUGAGAUCCGAGGUCGCCACUUGCACUCUCAAAACCUUUAUAAUAGCAAUAUAUUUACUGAGAAUGAUCACAGCUCUAUCAAACAUAGGGGAAAAAAAGUUUGUGAAUAAUAUAAAUAAUCUGAAGUGACUUCAUUCUCUCCUUUAGCUCCGUCUGACGCGAAAAGAAAAGAAGUGUAGAUGAAGAAUUCAGUAUGGGAAGCGUCCUCAUCCCGUAGGUUCUCCGCUUUUCAGCCUCUCUGAAAGAUUUCAUCACUGCCAAUGCCUUCGUAACCUGCCAGUGUCACUGCUCAGUGACAAACCUGCUGUGAAGGAAAUGUUAUGAGCUAGACACAACAGUUCUCUUCAUUUAAAAGCCUCAGUUCACCACCUCGAAUCAGUCAUAAUCACAUUUUACAGCCAAGGACUGUUAGUUUAAAUUCCAGUCGUGUGAUAUAGAGGCCCGAGGAUCUUUCAUCUUCAGUAGUCGUCAACCUUUACUGUAAAAGUCUCUGUACCUCUGGUAUUUUAGAAAAUAUUGUGUAUAUAAUUAUUAAUAAUGUGCUGUAAAUGCAGCCAGUGUGGAGUGAUCACUCUGUUUUCCAUCCUACUGUACCUCCAGCUUAAACAAAUGUAUUCGUAUGCAUGACCUGCUCACUGUGGAGCUGGUCAUGCAAAGAUAUGCAAUUAAAGCAUCAUCAUAUACCAAAAAAAAGGUGAUAAAGCAGUCUAAUAACGUGAUUCAGCAUGAGAUCAACUUGUCCAACCUGACAAUAAAGCAAACUGCUGUUGUGUGCGA